AUGGAAAAGUUUCCUUGUCUCUAUUUGGUAUAUUCAGCAACAUUUGCGUUGUGUCUCGUCGUUUCGGUUCUCGCUCAAGACCAAUCAGGUUUCAUAAGCAUUGACUGUGGAAUCCCAAGUGGAUCAUCGUACAAAGACGACACAACGGGCAUAAACUACGUCUCAGAUUCAUCUUUUGUCGAAACCGGAGUCUCCAAAUCGGUCUCUUUCUCAGCUCAAAGACAGCUUCAAAACCUAAGGAGCUUCCCUGAAGGUUCGAGAAACUGCUACACACUGAUGCCAAAACAGGGGAAAGGCAAGAAGUAUCUCAUAAGAGCUAGUUUCAUGUACGGUAACUACGACGGAGAAAACGGUUCACCUGAAUUUGAUCUGUUUCUUGGUGGAACUAUCUGGGACACUGUCUUGCUCAGCAAUGGAUCGGUCGUUGUUUCCAAAGAAGUCGUUUACAUGAGCCAAUAUGAGAAAAUAUUUGUCUGUUUGGGAAACAAAGGUAAAGGAACUCCAUUUAUGUCCACUUUAGAGCUUCGGUUUCUAGGAAACGACAAUACUACAUAUGAUUCUCCAAACGGUGCUCUGUUCUUCUCCAGACGCUGGGACUUUGGCUCUCUCAUGGAUUCACCUGUCAGAUAUGAUGAUGAUGUGUACGAUAGAAUAUGGAUACCUCGCAACUUUGUAUACUGUAGAGAGAUUAAUACCACACUUCCAGUGAUCUCAGACAAAAACAGUUACAACAUUUCAAGUUUGGUAAUGAGCACAGGGAUGACUCCAAUAAACACAACAAAUCCCAUCACAAUGACUUUGGAAAACAGUGAUCCAAAUGUCAGGUACUUUGUUUACAUGCACUUCGCCGAGGUCGAAGAUCUAAGUCUCAAACCAAACCAGACCAGAGAGUUCGAAAUACGCAUUAACGGGGUGACGAUUGUUCCUGGCUUCAGUCCCAAGUAUCUUCAGACAAACACUUUUUUUCUAAACCCUGAGAGCCAAACGGAGAUUGCAUUUUCGCUCGUGAGAACUCCCAAGUCCACUCUUCCGCCAAUCAUUAACGCUCUAGAGAUCUACAUCGGAAAUAGUUUCUCGCAAUCUCGCACUAACCAAGAGGACGGUGAUGCGGUUACGAGUAUAAAGACGAGUUAUAAAGUGAAGAAAAACUGGCAAGGAGAUCCUUGUAUGCCUAAUGACUACAUUUGGGAAGGGCUUAAUUGUAGUUAUGAUAGUCUUACCCCUCCCAGAAUCACAUCACUGAAUUUAUCGUCUAGCGGGCUAACGGGUCACAUAUCUCCCUCCUUCUCUAACCUCACAAUGAUUCAAGAGCUAGACUUAUCAAACAAUGGUUUAACCGGAGACAUACCAGAGUUUCUAUCAAGAUUGAAGUUCAUGAGGGUUUUAAAUCUAGAGAAAAACAAGCUCACAGGUUCGGUUCCAUCCGAGUUAUUAGAAAGAUCAAAGAGUGGAUCGCUCUCGCUUAGGGUUGGAGAGAAUCAAGGACUCUGUACGGAGAUUUCUUGCGGAAAAAGUAACAAGAAAACACUCGUGACCGCGCUUGGUGCAUCAUUCGCAGCAUUGUUCAUUCUCCUGUUAUUGUCUGGUGUGUUUUGGAAGAUCAAGAACCGAAGGAAAAAAUCCGUAACCUCUGCGGUGGAAGAAGAUGCAGACAACGGAACAAGAAACAGUCCGAAAUCGGAGAACAAAUUAUUGUUCACCUUUGCAGAUGUUGUAAAGAUAACAAAUAACUUCGGUCGUGUCCUCGGUAAAGGAGGCUUUGGAACAGUCUACCAUGGCUACUAUAACAACCAACAAGUCGCAGUUAAACUGUUAUCAGAAACAUCAUCUCAAGGCUUCAAAGAGUAUCGCUCCGAGAUGGAAGUUCUUGUGAGGGUACACCACGUAAACCUCACCGCGCUAAUCGGUUAUUUCCAUGAAUCUGAUCAAAUGGGAUUGAUAUAUGAGUUCAUGGCUAAUGGAAACAUGGCGGAUCAUCUCUCGGGAAAGUAUGACAAUACAUUGACGUGGACACAGAGACUUCAGAUUGCACUNGAUGCAGCACAAGGGCUUGAGUAUCUUCACUGUGGAUGCAAACCUCCAAUAGUUCACAGAGAUGUAAAGACUUCAAACAUAUUGUUGAACGAUAAAAACAGAGCAAAGCUUGCGGAUUUCGGACUCUCGAGAAUUUUUCAAACAGAGAGUCGUUCUCAUGUAUCCACACUAGUCGCUGGAACUCCCGGAUAUCUUGAUCCAUUAUGUUUCGAGUCGAACGGGUUAAACGAGAAGAGUGACAUUUACAGCUUUGGAGUUGUUUUAUUGGAGAUGAUUACGGGGAAAACUGUGAUCAAUGAGUCAAAAACGAAGCGUUUUCAUGUUAGUGAUUGGGUGAUAUCGAUCUUAAAGUCUACGAACGAUGUGAGAAACGUUACCGAUCCGAAAAUGGCGAAAGAUUUUGAUUCAAACUCUGUUUGGAAGAUUGUGGAGCUUGCUUUGGCCUCUGUUUCGCAAAACGUCACCGAGAGGCCAAACAUGCAACAGAUUGUUACAGGAUUGAAGGAAUGUCUUCAAAGAAAAGAGAGUUACAAUAGUCAAGUAAUGGGGUUAUAA